AUGAAGCUGUUCGUUAUUGCUGCUGUCUUGGCCGUUGCUGCCGCUGCCCCUUCCAGCUACGUCACCCCUGGCUACGCCCCUUCCAGCUAUGGGUCUUCCGGCUACAAGGACAACAAGUACGGCGGUAUCACCAUCACCAGCCAAUCUGAUGAACGCAACCUCGACGGAAGCAGCAAAUGGAGCUACGCUGGAUCUGACUACACCACCCGUGAGGAAUCCCAGGUUCAGAAGAAGCUUCAAGGAACCAGCUACGAUUCUUACGGAAAGGCCACCUACGAGGAUGUUAUGGGAAACACCAACAGGGGAUCUUCUUACUGGGUUUCCCCCGAAGGCCAGAAAAUCACUUUGACCUGGACUGCCGAUGAGAACGGAUUCCAGCCCAAGGGUGACCACUUGCCCGUCGCACCCGUCCAUGAAUACGAGCUCCCAGUUGCUCCCGUCCAUGAGUACGAACUCCCCGUUGCCCCAGCUCUUCCCUACUCCCGCACUGGACCAGGCUACACCUCCACCACUUACUCCGGCUCUCGCUACUAAAUUAUUUAAAUGAUAAGCCUAUAUAUGGAACGAUGACAUCAGUCUAUUUUCGUUCAUGCCAUACGAUGUUCUAUCUGCGGUGUGCACAAAUAAAAAGAUUCUACGCAAAACGA